AUGGCUUGGAGAACAGAACCCGAAUUCGAACAACUUUUCAGUGACCAAGUUGACGAAGAAUCACCAACGCCUACCCAAAGGCUAUUUCUCAAGCUUUACGAUCUAUACAAAGAAUUGUAUAAUGACCAACAGCAGCUUCGAGAGGGACAAAACCACAUCACUCGAUUAUGCGCCGCUUUAAGUUCAUUAUCCAACCUGGUCUCCUUGGAGCUAAAUGAUGUUAGAAACAUGGGAGGCAUGGAACACUUGGAUGCUGCUGACUUUGCCCAUACUGGAUAUGAUUAUACAAUACUGCAACACUUCAGCCCUAUCCUGGGUAAGUCAAGGUGGUGUGGCUCUUUCAAGACAAUCCACACUGCGACUCCACCCGUUGAGAUGAUCGGAACGUUAUGCUCUGAACUUGCAAACAAAGGCCUGAGACCUAGGAUAAUUCGUCUCCGCUUGGUCCCUCCGCCUAGCAUGCAAGCCUGGCAAUUAUCGCCAUCGCAACAGACUGGACUAAAGAGUCUGGUUUCUCAAGUCGCGAAACUAACAUUAUAUGUGGAUUUCCAGGCCCGGAGCUUUCAACUCAAGGAUAACCCUAGGCACGAGAUGCUUGCACUUUGCUCUAUCACUCAAUCAUGUCUGAGUGCACCUCACUUGGAGGAUACGUAUGUGGAGUUUAUUGGUUAUCCUCCGCUUAACAUGAGGCCAACUGUUUCUUUGGAUGAUAUCCUGCCAGAUCGCUCUUCGUGGCCACGGCUCCAAUCUCUGAGUCUACAUAAUCAACCCUUCACAGUGAUGGAGCUCAAGUCGUUGGUUACUCGACACUCGGAGACUCUGCGCGACUUGGACUUACAAGGUUGCUGGUUGGUUGAAGGCAGCUGGGCUGAUGUAAAGGAGAUUGUUCAAGAGCAACAGAAUCUGAAGAAAUGUAGCAUAAAGUACCCAUCAGGCGGAAACCAGUCUUGA